CUAUCAACUUCCCUGAUUAAUCUUUGCAUCUCUCACAGCAACCGUCGUACAAGUCCAUAUCCGAUGUGUCAACCACGCCAAGACUUAAGAUCGCCAGGUCUCACGGCCGUGUCACGGACGAAUUUCAUCUCUUCGCCCCCCAUCCACUGCCCGGGCAGGUGGCCUGAUAGACAACACAAGGGUGGAGGGCAAAGAUCAGCAACAUUAGACGAGAUGCCAAUCAUGCCCGAAUAGGAGACCACAGCGGGGCUUUCCGCGAUCAAGAGCUGCGCCAAUCAGUCGCCAAGGACGUCAAAGAGGAAGGUACUCUUUGAUAUGGACUCUCGUCUUAAUGGCUCGAUCUAGCAAUACGUCGAGCCGCGGACAAGAUUUCCUUGGGGUCGAAGCGCGCGUCCGGUCUGCAACAUUAAAGAUGGCUGCGACAACGCAUGGGCCCAGCCUGUAAACUCAAGCUGUCAGGCACAAAGUGACACCGAAUCUGAUGGCAUGUUUCUAGAAGUUCAAGGGACGUUUUGCACCCUGGACAUGACAUAUAUCUUCAGGCCAGCCCGUUGUGUUGAUUCAUCUCUCCCAGCUCUUUGGAUGAUCGAUCUUUGACUUCACCGGCUGGUGCCUUACUGAACUGUCUUUUUCGUUCCUCACCUACACUCAUUUUCGCGAGCAAGACGCAAGAUGGGCAAACCAUCAUUAUGGCUCCUCGCCGGGGCUUUCUCAAGCCUGGGGUCCGCUGUUUGUCCCAUGAUGGAACGUAACAGCGACCCAACUACGCUACACGCAAGACAAGACCAGUCAGCGCCUCCAGGCGGGAACGCGGAAUUUCUGGAGCAGUUUUCAGUAGACGACACAGGGGCUUUCCUGACCUCAGAUGCCGGAGGGCCCAUAGAGGACCAGGCAAGCCUGAGGGCCGGUGCUCGGGGGCCCACUGUGCUGGAGGAUUUCAUCCUCCGCCAGAAGAUCAUGCACUUUGACCACGAGAGGGUACCCGAGAGAGCCGUGCACGCCCGGGGUGCCGGCGCCUACGGCACUUUCACGUCCAAUGGUGACUGGAGCAACAUCACCUCGGCGUCUUUUCUCAAUGGCCAGGGAAAACGCACAUCGACAUUUGUGCGCUUCUCCACCGUCGCCGGAUCAAGAGGCAGUGCGGACCUGGCCAGGGACGUACAUGGGUUUGCCACGCGAUUCUACACUGAUGAGGGCAAUUUCGAUAUCGUUGGGAACAACGUCCCCGUGUUUUUCAUCCAAGAUGCCAUUCAAUUUCCCGAUCUUGUUCAUUCAGUGAAGCCCAGCCCGGACAGCGAGAUUCCUCAAGCGGCCACUGCCCACGACAGCGCCUGGGACUUCUUUAGUUCUCAGCCGUCCACCCUUCACACGCUGCUGUGGGCCAUGUCCGGCUUUGGCAUCGUCCGCUCCUACCGUCACAUGGAUGGCUUUGGCGUCCACACGUUUCGAAUGGUUACGGAUGAUGGUACUUCCAGACUUAUCAAGUGGCACUGGAAAUCAAAGCAGGGAAAGGCAAGUUUUCUCUGGGAGGAGGCCCAGGUUUUGAAUGGCAAGAAUGCAGACUUUCAUCGUCUUGAUCUUUGGAAUGCGAUCGCGUCCGGAAAUGGUCCCGAGUGGGACCUGGCUGUCCAGAUAGUCGACGAAAGUCAGGCCGAGGCUUUUGGCUUUGACAUGCUCGACCCUACAAAGAUCCUCCCGGAGGAGCUUGCUCCCCUCCAGGUGUUGGGCACGAUGAAGCUCGAUGUCAACCCAACCAACUAUUUCGCCGAGGUGGAGCAGGUCAUGUUCCAACCCGGGCACAUCGUUCGUGGCAUCGACUUCACCGAGGACCCUCUCCUACAAGGGCGCAUCUUCUCUUACCUUGACACUCAGCUCAACCGGCAUGGCAAUGCCAAUUUCGAGCAGCUGCCCAUCAACCGUCCCCGGACAAGGGUCAACAACAACAACCGGGACGGCGCAGGCCAGAACCUCGUGCACAAGAACAUCUUCCACUACACCCCGAGCGCCCUUGGCGGAGGGGUCCCCAUGCAGGCCAACGCGACCCAAGGGCGCGGUUUCAUGACAGCUCCGCAGCGGCAGAUCGGCGGGAACCUGGUGCGGGCGCUGUCGCCGAGCUUCAACGACCACUGGAGCCAGCCUCGCCUGUUCCUCAACUCGCUGACGCCGCCCGAGCAGCAGAUCCUGGUCAACGCGAUCCGCUUCGAGACCAGCAACGUCAAGUCGCCCGUGGUGCGGCAGAACAUCGUCACCCAGCUCAACAGGAUCUCCAACGACCUCGCGGUGCGCGUCGCCACAGCCCUCGCAAUAGAGGCGCCGGCGCCGGACCCGACGUUCUACCACGACAACAAGACGGCGGGGCUCAACAUCUUCGGCGUGCCCCUCCCCACGGUCGCGACCCUGUCCGUCGGCAUCCUCGCCAGCACGGCCAACCCCACCUCGGUCGAGCAGGCGACGGCGAUCCAGCAGCGCCUGUCCCAGAGCGGUGUCGUGGCCACCAUCGUGGGCGAGUCCCUCACCGCGGGCAUAGGAGCGACCUACUCGCAGUCCGACGCCUCGGGGUUCGACGGCAUCGUCGUCGCCGAGGGCGCCGAGGGCCUCUUCCAGCCCUUCCUGCAGAACACCCUCUUCCCCCUCGGCCGCCCCAGCCAGAUCCUCAUCGACGGCUACAGGUGGGGCAAGCCCGUCGCCGCCGUGGGCUCGGCGUCCGCCGCCCUGUCCAUGGUGGGCAUCCCGACCACCCCGGGCGUCAUCAACGCCGGGGCCGCGGACGUGGAGGGCCUGGCGACCCAGCUCGAGGACGGCCUGCGGACGUUCAGGUUCCUCGACCGCUUCCCGCUGGACGCGUCGGCUGCGCAGGCUGAUGCUGCGCCGGAGGGGAGCCCGGUCGCGGCUGCUGCUGCUGCUACUACUGGUGGCGAGGCGACUCUCGCGCAGGCCGUGACUGCGGCCGGGUCCUACCACCUCCCUGGGCGGCGGGCUGCUGCGCUUGUCAGCUUGGUGGUGGUUGUUCUUGCGUGGAUGUCCCCUGGUCUAUGAGACGUCAGGCGUGCGGGCCUGCACGUGUGGCGUCCGAUUCUCAGUAUAAUAAGCUCAUUUUCU